GGCGUGCUGGAGAAAGCUGGGAGCCCGCCGUUCGCACACAAAGCUGCGGAGCUCCCAAGCGGCGGGCGUUCUCGCCCCGGGGUACCGCAGCGCGCCAGGAAGCGCCCCUGGGCUCUCUGGCUGUCCAGCCGCUCUGCUGGUGGCCGGGAGAAGUUAGUCACCCGGAGCCCGAAUCCGGCGAGCGUCAAAGCAUCAAGAGGCUGGAGAAUGGGGAGGGAGGAAACCGGGUGCCGGGACGGAGGGGAGGAAGCGAAGGGAAUGCGGUGGUUAGGGGACGCACGGGAAGCUGAAAAGCUCUGGCUGGUGGAUGGAGUUGCACGGUCUGCGAGGCCAGAGCGCACGGGUGUGCAAAGGGGAAAAACUUGCGGCAGGAACUUCCUACCGAGGGCGAGAAAAGCAGGCAAGAAGGAGGCAGGGAGAGACUUGAAACGUCUCAAUAACUUUAACCAAAACACCCGUUCAGGAGAUGAGGAUGGCAUGCCGCUAUAAAUUCAUUGUUCCACCUCCUCGCAUCUUCACAGCGCUCGCGCUGCUCUCGGCGCUCGCAGCGGCCGACUGGGGAUGACGGCGGGCAGGAGGAGACCGCAGCCGAAGGGACACAGACACGCCGCUUCACCAGCUCGCCUCAGGCUGCCCCCUGCUUUUUUGUUUUAAUUUUUAUGGCUUUUUCCCCUCUCUUUCUUCCCUUCCUCCUGGUCCCAGCAGAGCCAAGGAAACCCACAAAAUAAGAAAGGAAGUGGGCCCCGGAGCUUGGAACCUCCACAGCCGGCUUGUCCAGCGCAGCGCGGGGGCGGGAGGCUGCGCGCACCAGUUGCCAGCCCGGUGCGCGGUACCUUUCCUUACUUUUCUUGAAACAGCGAUCGUGCCUGCAUUUGGUGGUUUUUUGGUUUUUGUUUUUUUCCUUUUCCCGUAUUUGCUGAAUCUCCACUAUCCGACUUUUUUUUUUUUAAUCUUUUCUUUUCUUUUUUUUUUUCUUUUCCCCCUCCACCUCUUUCUGGAGCACGAAUCCAAACAUUUUCCCAAGCAACAAAGAAAAGUUCGCACGCUGGCACCGCAGCCCGGACAGGCUGGCGCUGCUGCCGGGCCCCCCUCCCUCCGACACUUGACUCAAUCCUGCAAGCAAGUGUGUGUGUGUCCCCAUCCCCCGCCCCGUUAACUUCAUAGCAAAUAACAAAUACCCAUAAAGUCCCAGUCGCGCAGCCCCUCCCCGCGGGCAGCGCACUAUGCUGCUCGGGUGGGCGUCCCUGCUGCUGUGCGCGUUCCGCCUGCCCCUGGCCGCGGUCGGCCCCGCCGCGACACCUGCCCAGGAUAAAGCCGGGCAGCCUCCGACUGCUGCAGCAGCCGCCCAGCCCCGCCGGCGGCAGGGGGAGGAGGUGCAGGAGCGAGCCGAGCCUCCCGGCCACCCGCACCCCCUGGCGCAGCGGCGCAGGAGCAAGGGGCUAGUGCAGAACAUCGACCAACUCUACUCCGGCGGCGGCAAGGUGGGCUACCUCGUCUACGCGGGCGGCCGGAGGUUCCUCUUGGACCUGGAGCGAGAUGGUUCGGUGGGCAUUGCUGGCUUCGUGCCCGCAGGAGGCGGGACGAGUGCGCCCUGGCGCCACCGGAGCCACUGCUUCUAUCGGGGCACAGUGGACGGUAGUCCCCGCUCUCUGGCUGUCUUUGACCUCUGUGGGGGUCUCGACGGCUUCUUCGCGGUCAAGCACGCGCGCUACACCCUAAAGCCGCUGCUGCGCGGACCCUGGGCGGAGGAAGAAAAGGGGCGCGUGUACGGGGAUGGGUCCGCACGGAUCCUGCACGUCUACACCCGCGAGGGCUUCAGCUUCGAGGCCCUGCCGCCGCGCGCCAGCUGCGAAACCCCCGCGUCCACACCGGAGCCCCACGAGCAUCCUCCGGCGCACAGCAACCCGAGCGGACGCGCAGCACUGGCCUCGCAGCUCUUGGACCAGUCAGCUCUCUCUCCCGCUGGGGGCUCAGGACCGCAGACGUGGUGGCGGCGGCGGCGCCGCUCCAUCUCCCGGGCCCGCCAGGUGGAGCUGCUUCUGGUGGCUGACGCGUCCAUGGCACGGUUGUAUGGCCGGGGCCUGCAGCAUUACCUGCUGACCCUGGCCUCCAUCGCCAAUAGGCUGUACAGCCAUGCUAGCAUCGAGAACCACAUCCGCCUGUCCGUGGUGAAGGUGGUGGUGCUAGGCGACAAGGACAAGAGCCUGGAAGUGAGCAAGAACGCUGCCACCACACUCAAGAACUUUUGCAAGUGGCAGCACCAACACAACCAGCUGGGAGAUGACCAUGAGGAGCACUACGACGCAGCUAUCCUGUUUACUCGGGAGGAUUUAUGUGGGCAUCAUUCAUGUGACACCCUGGGAAUGGCAGACGUUGGGACCAUAUGUUCUCCAGAGCGCAGCUGUGCUGUGAUUGAAGACGAUGGCCUCCACGCAGCUUUCACUGUGGCUCACGAAAUCGGACAUUUACUUGGCCUCUCCCAUGACGAUUCCAAAUUCUGUGAAGAGACCUUUGGUUCCACAGAAGAUAAGCGCUUAAUGUCUUCCAUCCUUACCAGCAUUGAUGCGUCUAAGCCCUGGUCCAAAUGCACUUCAGCCACCAUCACAGAAUUCCUGGAUGAUGGCCAUGGUAACUGUUUGCUGGACCUACCACGAAAGCAGAUCCUGGGCCCCGAAGAACUCCCAGGACAGACCUACGAUGCCACCCAGCAGUGCAACCUGACAUUCGGGCCUGAGUACUCCGUGUGUCCCGGCAUGGAUGUCUGCGCUCGCCUGUGGUGUGCCGUGGUACGCCAGGGCCAGAUGGUCUGUCUGACCAAGAAGCUGCCUGCGGUGGAAGGGACGCCUUGUGGAAAGGGGAGAAUCUGCCUGCAGGGCAAAUGUGUGGACAAAACCAAGAAAAAAUAUUAUUCAACGUCAAGCCAUGGCAACUGGGGAUCUUGGGGAUCCUGGGGCCAGUGUUCUCGCUCAUGUGGAGGAGGAGUGCAGUUUGCCUAUCGUCACUGUAAUAACCCUGCUCCCAGAAACAACGGACGCUACUGCACAGGGAAGAGGGCCAUCUACCGCUCCUGCAGUCUCAUGCCCUGCCCACCCAAUGGUAAAUCAUUUCGUCAUGAACAGUGUGAGGCCAAAAAUGGCUAUCAGUCUGAUGCAAAAGGAGUCAAAACUUUUGUGGAAUGGGUUCCCAAAUAUGCAGGUGUCCUGCCAGCGGAUGUGUGCAAGCUGACCUGCAGAGCCAAGGGCACUGGCUACUAUGUGGUAUUUUCUCCAAAGGUGACCGAUGGCACUGAAUGUAGGCCAUACAGUAAUUCCGUCUGCGUCCGGGGGAAGUGUGUGAGAACUGGCUGUGAUGGCAUCAUUGGCUCAAAGCUGCAGUAUGACAAGUGCGGAGUAUGUGGAGGAGACAACUCCAGCUGUACAAAGAUUGUUGGAACCUUUAAUAAGAAAAGUAAGGGUUACACUGACGUGGUGAGGAUUCCUGAAGGGGCAACCCACAUAAAAGUUCGACAGUUCAAAGCCAAAGACCAGACUAGAUUCACUGCCUAUCUAGCCCUGAAAAAGAAAAACGGUGAGUACCUUAUCAAUGGAAAGUACAUGAUCUCCACUUCAGAGACUAUCAUUGACAUCAAUGGAACAGUCAUGAACUAUAGCGGUUGGAGCCACAGGGAUGACUUCCUGCAUGGCAUGGGCUACUCUGCCACGAAGGAAAUUCUAAUAGUGCAGAUUCUUGCAACAGACCCCACUAAACCAUUAGAUGUCCGUUAUAGCUUUUUUGUUCCCAAGAAGUCCACUCCAAAAGUAAACUCUGUCACUAGUCAUGGCAGCAAUAAAGUGGGAUCACACACUUCGCAGCCGCAGUGGGUCACGGGCCCAUGGCUCGCCUGCUCUAGGACCUGUGACACAGGUUGGCACACCAGAAUGGUGCAGUGCCAGGAUGGAAACCGGAAGUUAGCGAAAGGAUGUCCUCUCUCCCAAAGGCCUUCUGCGUUUAAGCAAUGCUUGUUGAAGAAAUGUUAGCCUGUGGUUAUGAUCUUAUGCACAAAGAUAACUGGAGGAUUCAGCACCGAUGCAGUCGUGGUGAACAGGAGGUCUACCUAAUGCACAGAAAGUCAUGCUUCAGUGACAUUGUCAACAGGAGUCCAAUUAUGGGCAGAAUCUGCUCUCUGUGACCAAAAGAGGAUGUGCACUGCUUCACGUGACAGUGGUGACCUUGCAAUAUAGAAAAACUUGGGAGUUAUUGAACAUCCCCUGGGCUUACAAGAAACACUGAUGAAUGUAAAAUCAGGGGACAUUUGAAGAUGGCAGAACUGUCUCCCCCUUGUCACCUACCUCUUAUAGAAUGUCUUUAAUGGCAUCAUAAUCAUUUUCACCCAUAAUACACAGUAGCUUCUUUUUACUGUUUGUAAAUACAUUCUCCCUUGGUAUGUCACUUUAUAUCCCCUGGUUCUAUUAAAAUAUCCAUAUAUAUUUCUAUAAAAAAAGUGUUUGACCAAAGUAGGUCUGCAGCUAUUUCAACUUCCUUCCGUUUCCAGAAAGAGCUGUGGAUAUUUUACUGGAAAUUAAGAACUUGCUGCUGUUUUAAUAAGAUUUAGUAUAUUUUCUGACUACAGGAGAUAAAAUUUCAGUCAAAAAACCAUUUUGACAGCAAGUAUCUUCUGAGAAAUUUUGAAAAGUAAAUAGAUCUCAGUGUAUCUAGUCACUUAAAUACAUACACGGGUUCAUUUACUUAAACCUUUGACUGCCUGUAUUUUUUUCAGGUAGCUAGCCAAAUUAAUGCAUAAUUUCAGAUGUAGAAGUAGGGUUUGCGUGUGUGUGUGUGAUCGUACUCAAGAGUCUAAAAACUAGUUUCCUUGUGUUGGAAAUUUAAAAGGAAAAAAAUCGUAUUUCACUGUGUUUUCAAUUUGUAUUUUCACAACUACUUUCUCUCUCCAGAGCUUUCAUCUGAUAUCUCACAAUGUAUGAUAUAUGUACAAAACACACAGCAAGUUUUCUAUCAUGUCCAACACAUUCAACACUGGUAUACCUCUUACCAGCAAGCCUUUAAAAUGCAUUUGUGUUUGCUUAUUUGUUUUGUUCAAGGGUUCAGUAAGACCUACAAUGUUUUGUAUUUCUUGACUUAUUUUAUUAGAAACAUUAAAGAUCACUUGGUAGUUAGCCACAUUGAGAAGUGGUUAUCAUUGUUAAUGUGGUUAAUGCCAAAAAGUGGUUAAUAUUAAUAAGACUGUUUCCACACCAUAGGCAAUAAUUUCUUAAUUUAAAAAAUCUAAGUAUAUUCCUAUUGUACUAAAUAUUUUUCCCAACUGGAAAGCACUUGAUUGUACCCGUAAGUGUUUGAGUGAUGACAUGUGAUGAUUUUCAGAAAGUUGUUGUUUUUGUUUCCAUAGCCUGUUUAAGUAGGUUGUAAGUUUGAAUAGUUAGACAUGGAAAUUAUUUUAUAAGCACACACCUAAAGAUAUCUUUUUAGAUGAUAAAAUGUACACCCCCCCCAUCACCAACCUCACAACUUAGAAAAUCUAAGUUGUUUCAUUUCAUUGGGAUUUCUUUUGUUGUGAAACACUGCAAAGCCAGUUUUUCUUCAUAAAAAUUCAUAGUAAUCCUGCCAAAUGUGCCUAUUGUUAAAGAUUUGCAUGUGAAGAUCUUAGGGAACCACUGUUUGAGUUCUACAAGCUCAUGAGAGUUUAUUUUUAUUAUAAGAUAUUUUUAAUAUAAAAGAAUUAUGUAACUGAUCACUAUAUCACAUCAUUUCAGUGGGCCAGGAAAAUAGAUGUCUCGCUGUUUUCAGUAUUUUCUUAAGAAACUGCUUUUAAAACAAAUAAUUGUUUUACAAAACCAAUAAUUAUCCUUUGAAUUUUCAUAGACUGACUUUGCUUUCGAUGUAGAAAUUUUUUUCUUAAUAAAUUAUCACUUUGAGAAAUGAGGCCUGUACAAGGCUGAUAACCUAUAUUUGAUGGAGAUCACCCAAUGCCAAGGGCAGAAAGCAAACCUAGUUAAAUAGGUGAGAAAAAAAAUAAUAAUCCCAGUGCCAUUUGUCUGUGCAAAGAGAAUUAGGAGAGAGGUUAAUGUUACUUUUUUCCAUUUUGGAAAUAAUUUUAAUCAAGUAACUCAAAUGUGACAAAAUUUAUUUUUAUUUUUUGUGGUUAUAUUCCCAACAACAUUAAAAAAUACUCGAGGCAUAAAUGUAGUUGUCUCCUACUCUGCUUCUCUUACUAUACUCAUACAUUUUUAAUAUGGUUUAUCAAUGAUUCAUGUUUCCCUCAAAUAGUGAUGGUUUACACCUGUCAUGGAAACAAUCCUAGAGAGCUCAGAGCAAAUAAACCACUAUUCCAUGCUUUUAAGUAGUUUUCUCCACCUUUUUCUUAUGAGUCUCACUAGAUUGACUGAGGAAUGUAUGUCUAAAUUCCUGGAGAAGAUGAUAUGGAUUGGAAACUGAAAUUCAGAGAAAUUGAGUGUUCAAUAGAUACCACGAAUUAUGAACAAAGGGAAAAUUCUAUACAACUCAAUCUAAGUCAGUCCACUUUGACUUCGUACUGUCUUUCACCUUUCCAUUGUUGCAUCUUGAAUUUUUUAAAGUGUCUAGAGUUCAGGAUGCUAGGGGCUACUUCUUUAAAAAAAAAAAAAAAAGAAUUUGUCUGAAAAUGCUCAGGUUUGUAAGAAUCUAAUCUCACUUACAUAACUAAGCACUCCAUAAUAAGUUUUAUUAAGUACAAAGGGAGCCAGAAAAAAUGACAUUUAUUUCUUCUAGAUCAGAAAAAUUUAAAUUAAGCCCUGCCUUGCUGUUUAGAAAUAUGAGGGCAUUGUUAUAAUUUAUUCAAUCAAUUUAUGUUCCUUUGCCUUCCUGUGGAAACAGUUUUAUCCCACUAAACUAGGAAUUAGGGGAUAAAUCACAAACAAAAAAAAAGUUGCAGCACUGAAAAAAAGUAAUUUAUUGUUUUUGCAACUGGUGUGUGAAUUUGUGUGAUAAAAUUAUUUAUUCUUAUUUAACAAAAAUAUGUUCAAAUUUUUCUAUAUUUAAAAUGUUUUGCUGUUGUCCUACUUUUUAAUUUAUGCUUCAUGUUUGUGUAUAAAGUACACUUUUACACUUUGUGAGUUUACAUAAUAUACAGCACUGGUUGCUUUUGUAUUUUUUUACAGAAAGCUUUCUGUGUGAAGCAGGUGUAUAUGUAUAUAUUCCUCAUGUAUUCUUAUUCUGAUACUAUCAUUUUUCUUUUCAAGGAAAUUUUAAUCUGUCACGACCAAUAGUGUUCAUUACUUGUACCUAUGAUAAUAGGUCUUUUACAUCACAUUAACACUAAUUUUUCCAAGUCACAAAUAAGAAAAACACUUAUUCAAUGAAACAAGGUGCAAGUUUUAAAUUUGGGUACACAAAUAGCCUAGAAGCUUCCUACAGACGCUAAGACACAGCCAAUAAUCAGAUCCUUUCACUUCAUCGAGAAACUUGGACAAGUCAAUAUUGAUGUAUUAGAUGAAAGUUGUCUACACACAACUUCUGAGGGAUACAAAUGAUAAUAAAACCAAAUGUUGUCUGUUUCUCCUUUAGAAACACCUCCUAAAAUUAAUAUCAUUUAGUCUCUAGUGUCUGUAGGAUUCUACAGAUGAGCACAAAUAGAUUGGGUUUGUAUAACAAAUGCUAAUAGUCAUAACUGUUUCUACAAAUAUGGGGUGCCCAUUAAGAGAAUGUGAUGUUUUCCUACUGCUGUUGAAUCCCAUGGGGUGAUUAUAGGACUUGAAAUAGGCAGAGUCACCUCUGAUGACAUCAGCUUGCCUCUGUGAUUUCACAGUCUCAUCCUGGCAACAAGACAAAGCACCCUUGCACACACAGCCAAUCUCUGGUUGUGAUAUUUCCCCAUUGAUUCCUUCCUUGUUAACAAGGUCAUUUUAAUGGUUCAGGUGAGGACAGCAGCCAGAUUCAAAGUCCAGAACUUGUGCUGUUACAUAGAGUUCACACUGUCAAAUAACAUUGAAUUUAAUAAUGAUCAAAUUUUUCUAGUAGUCUGUGGCAGAGUGUAUAAUCUCAUUGGCAUGAUUGGUGAAUAUUACUAAUCUCUUUAUAAUGAAAGAUGCUCUACAAAUACCUUAUAUUUGCUAACAUUUCAAAACUACUAAAUAAAUGAAAUAGCCAUGUGUACAGAAAUGGUCAUUUAAAGCUUUAAUAGAAACAAAUUCAAGACAAUGUAUCAUUUAGACACACAGAAAAGGAACUUGUAUGUUUUCCCUAUUAUUUUUCUCAUUUGCCAACAAUCUAUAGUUUUAGGUUAUCAAACAGAUAGAUCAACUUAACUGGCUAGUACAUUGAAAAAUCUUCCUAAGAAUCCUUUGUUAGCAUAAUCUAUAGAGAUAAUUUCUCAAAUUAUAUCAUCAUGAUGCAUAUAAACUCUAUAAUGUAUAAUUGUGUUUCAUUUAUUUAAUGUAUGAGAACAUAUUGAAAUACAAAACCAUGCAUUAGCCAAAAAAUUGGAAUACAGGUGGUGUUCAGAUCAGCAAAACAUUCAAUCUGGUAAAUGCCUGCCUGGGGCUAUGAUAUCAUUCUCAAUGCAGGUUUUAUGGGAAAACUAAAAGAAUAUGUUGUUAGAUGAUGUUGGUUUUGAAAAAAAAAAAGACAUUAACAUACACAUUAGUUAGCCCAGUUAAUUGCAUUCUACUAAUAUAGUUGCACAUUAGCAAUAAUUUUGCUGUCUCUGGUCUUUAUUUUGUGGCUUCAACUAACUGGACCAUGUGGACUGUAAAGGUCAAAUGGAAAAAACGAGCAGUGGCCCCUCAUCCUGUAAGGUACUGCUACAUCAGAGUGACCUAAAAGUCUAACACUGUGAGGAAAACUGUGAUUUGUAGGAAAAAAAAAACAAAACAAACAAAAAACAGGGCAUGCUUUUUAAUUUUUUUCCACUUUCCUUUGGCACACCCAAUGAACAAUUCUAAUUUUUAUUGAGGUGCUAACAUCUUUCGUGACCAACUGUCAAAUGUGGUAUUUUUGAGUUACUAUUUUUCUACAUGAUUUUACAGUUUGCAAGAAAGACCUCUAAGCUUUGUGUCAUGGUAGGGCACAACUUGAUACUCAAAAUUUGAAAAGUAAGCACAUCCAAUGAUUGUUUUGACCAACAGUGGUCAGUGACGUAAACUGCGUGUGCAUCUGAGGACAUUUAAGGGGUCAUUAAAACUUGAGGAGCAUCAGGCCAGAGUAGCAGACUUUUAGAUGAGUCAUAUUUCAGCAUUCAUUAAGUCCUCAGCAUUCCAUUCAAACUGUCGUGUAUAUUUGGCCUGAUUUUUUUUCAAGCUUUGCAAUAAUUUAUGUUAUUGGUAAACACUUGGUGACUAUAUCUCAGCCUUUUCUUUAACAACUCACAAUAUAUUAGAAACACGUCUACCUAUACUGAGAGUAUAUUUACAAUAGAAGACCAUACUGUAUGUGACUUUGUAAAGCUAGACUUUUGAUUAAGAAAUAUAUAAUCUCUGGAUGGUAUUUUUGCAUUAUACACUCAGGCACAACGUAAACCUUGAUGGUUCAUCUUGCUACAAUCACGAGUUGAAAAACACUACUUACGUAUUUGUAUGACCUAUUAGUCAGAGGAAAUCAUACAUAUGCUUUGUAAAUAGACUUUGCAGAUAACUAAAUAGACUGAAGAAAUAUGUUGCAUUUGAUAGAAGCAACCACAUAAAUAUUUGGUUUCUAUAUUAGAGUCUGUGAGUAAAGUCAAGUAAUAAACCUAAGUAGGUAUAACUAAGAUUUUUAAACCUUGAAACUUGCUUUGAUGGUAGAGAAAAUCAUUGAAGAUUUACAUACUGUAUAUAAGAUGUAAAAUGUACGCUGCUUAUUACCCUCAAUUUUCCAGAAGCAAUGGUAUAUAAUGCAGUUGAAAAACCAAAAAUCUUGGAAAACUAAGACGGGUCUUGUUUAAAAUGUCUCUCGGCUUUGGCAACCUUCAAAUCUUAAUCAACUAUUUAAAGCAUUACUGUGUCUUGUAGCCUGCAUUCCACAACAGCUCUGUUAUUCAGGUAAAAGACUUGAACUGAGCCGUUUGGGACCUAUACUGUAAUAUUUUCAUUGAGGAACAAUAUCCUAUUUUGUAAAGCAUUUCCCUAUGUGUGACUUUAAACUGUAAAAUUAAACACUGCUUUUGUGGGUUCAGUGGGCAUAAUAAAUAUAAAUUGUAAACUA